CCAGCUCUCUCCCACGGAGAGGCAAGGCGUAUUCACACGCCCGCGCUAGCCGACGCGACAGCAGGAAGCUCGGAAUCCCGAGCCGACAGCUGACUGCGCAAGGAAACCGUCAGCGAGCGCCCGGUGAGCUCACAGCACGUUAUUUUGACACGUGUGGGGUCAGCGCCCGCAGCGACGCGCCGCCAGCGCGUGAACGGAUAUCUCAGUCAUCAACCGUUAUCGUCAGCGCCGCCGAGCCAUCCAAAACCAUGUCCAGCGGCAAAACGUUCAAAGCGUCGUCGACGCCGUCGCUCGCAUUAUUACUGAACCCCCUCGCCUGGUUCAUCUGGAUCCUGGAUUUUGCGAUCUGGGUCCUGACCUUCGGCUGGGUGAAAACGAUCAAGUUCUACCUCCAACCUUCCUAUUCGGUAGAGGUCGGCCCGGCAGUAAGAAGAAACAGAGCCGCCGUCGACAAGCUCUUCACCUCACCAGUACCGGAAGGAGAAGGCGGCGGCGCCGUCUUAACGACCCCGAAACUCUUCGCCUGGGCCGCGGCCAAGUACGGCGACGAGAAGGCCAUGGGCACGCGGACGUACCUAGGCGAAUACAAGGAGGCCGGCUGGCGCUUCCCUAAAAAAAAAUUCGGAGCGACGACGUGGAUGUCCUUCCGCGAGCUCAAGACGAAGGCCGACGCGUUUGGGGCCGCAUUAGUAGCUUCAAGGGCCAAGGGCGGCUGUGCUAUGAAGCCCGUGCCGAAGGGUAAAAAUGUGGAAGAUUUGACCGGUCCUCAUACUAUCCUGUUAUUUGAGGACACGUGCGCGGACUGGAUGACGUGUGCGCUCGGAGCUUUGUCGCAGUCUCUCGUCGUGGCUACGUCCUACGCGACGCUCGGAAUAGAUGCGGUGGGCGAAGCUAUCAAGGCCUCGAACAUUACCACGGUCGUGACGAACAGGAAGAACGUGGAAAGAGUCGCGGGACUGAAGAAACAGUGCCCUACCCUACAAACGAUUAUUUAUACCGAAUUCCACGUCGAGCCGAAAGACCAAGGGAAACCAAUCACGGUGCCGAAGGGCCUCACGGCCAUUCCCCUCGAGGACUGCUUCGCCUUCGAACCGACGAAGGAAGCGGCCGAGCCGACGCCCGACCAGGUCGCCGUGAUCAUGUACACGUCCGGUUCUACGGGCAAGCCCAAGGGGGUGCUGCUCAAGCACGAAAGCGUUUUGGCGUCGAUUGCUGGGUUGUUAGAUGUCCUCGGCAAGGCGGCCACGACGGGAGACUGCUACCUGGGGUAUUUACCGCAGUCGCACAUUUUGGAGUUCUGCGCGGAAUUAACAUGCUUGGCGCUGGGCAUGCACAUCGGCUACGCGGACCCUAGAACCCUUACGAGCACGGGUGCCGUCCGCGAGCGCCCCGACGGCUCCAUAAAUCAAAAGCCCGAGUGGCCGUGCCCGCCCGGCGCGAUCCAGGAGUUCCGCCCGACGUUCAUGGCCGGCGUGCCCAAGGUCUGGGACAUCCUGAAGAAGGCGCGGCGCGGCGUCCUCCAGACUUCUCGAUGGCGUCGGCCGCCAUCACUGUUGUCGGCCCGAACUCGGACACGACCUCCGAGCGACUUGAUUUCCGCACAGGCCAUGGAGGACAAGGUGGCCGAGAUGUCGCCCGUCAAGAAGUUCAUUUUUAAUGUUGCUUACGUCGGUCGAGCUACGGCUCUCAGACAACAUAGAGACGCGCCUCUCCUGAAAGCUCUCGUGUUCAAGAAGCUCGCGAAGAUGCUGGGGGGCAAGCUCAAGGCUACGAUCUCGGGCGGUGGCGCUAUUAGUUCCGAAGUGCAGACGUUUGCGCGCGUCGCGUUUUGUGCGCCCGCCGUGCAGGGUUAUGCCCUCACGGAGACGUGCUGCUCGGCCACGGUGCAGCCCGUCGACGACGGCAACAUCGACGGGGUGGCCGGCGCUCCCUUGACGUCGAUUGAGAUUCGUUUAGAAUCUUGCGACAUUACUGAUAGAGACGGCAAGCCUUAUAGAUCGACGGACACGUCGCAUCUAGGCUCCAAAUGCUGCGGCCGCGGCGAGGUGCAGAUGCGGGGCACGCCCGUGACCGCAGGGUACUUCAAGCAGCCCGACAAGACGGCCGAGGUGUUUACCGAGGACGGCUGGUUCCGGUCGGGAGAUGUGGGGGUGUGGCGCCCCGACGGCCAGCUGCAGAUCGUCGAUCGGUUGAAGAACCUUAUUAAGUUGAAGGGCGGCGAGUACAUCGCUAUUGAAAGUAUGGAAAAAGAAUAUUCGACGUCGUCCUACGUGUCUGGCGUCAACGGGGGCUUGAUGUGUUAUGGGGACUCGGACAUGGACCGGCCGGUCGCGUUCGUGGUCGCCGACGAGAAGAAGUGCUGCGCCUGGGCUGAUAGUAAUGGUGUUGAGUAUGGCACCUUCGCGGACCUUUGUGCGACGCCGGAGAUGAAUAAAGAGGUCCUAUCUUCGUUGAUCAAGGCGGGCAAGUCCGGCAAGUUGGGCGCGAACGAGAUCUUGGCUGGUAUUUUGUUGUUGCCGGGCACGGGCGCCAAGGACAACGAAACUCCGCAGUUCGAGGAUCCCUGGACCCCGGAAAACGGGGCUUUGACGGCGUCGAACAAGCUCCAGCGCCGCGUCAUCAAGCAGGCCUACGGCGAGGCCACGGGCAAGUUCGAGGCGCUCAAGGCCAAGGGCAUCCGCUAGUCAUUGACGCAUGCGCGCCCUCCCCCAUGCGCGCCCGGGGCUCCGCUGCUAAGGUUGGAGUCUUA